CAUAUUUGCGUCUCAUGUUUACGUGUAAAACAUGGCGGCGGACUACCAACAAGGAGACAGCACCACCUAGUAAAUGCGACUGGCAGCAAGCUGGAAGACAGACGAGAGACAUAUUUAACCGUUAGUUUUUAAUAUUGUUCUUGCCGAUAUUUCGCAUGAAGAAGUUUCCCUCUUGUUUCAGCCACAGGGACCGCGGUGAUGGAAGACGAGGAGAGGCAAAAGAAGCUGGAGGCCGGCAAAGCAAAGUUGGCUGAAUACCGUCAGAGAAAAGCUCACGCUGACUCCCAGAAGAAAAAGAAGAAGAAAAAGAAGCCGGGAGAAGACUCUGAGGGGGAUUCGCAGGGAAAGGUGGAGGUCGAGGCGGAUCAGUCUGUGGGAGGAGAGGAGGUCUUAGGCCAAGGAAGAGAUGGAUCACAAGAAGGAACAGCCACAGAGUUCACCUACGCCAGGACGCUGCGGAGUGGAGAGACUGUCGAGCAUAACCAGACCUACACCAUAGAGCCAGAAAGUGAAGUGUCCACUACUGCUGAAGAUUAUUCCACGGAGGUAAAUGGGUGCCAUGAUGAAAUGACAGAGAACCUAAGGAUGCCUUCGAAGGAUUUUAUUUGGGAGGAAGGGGAGCCCCUGCAACAGGUGACAGAAGGAGGUACAAUGGAGGAUGCACUCGCCGCCAAGACCCAGGCAGUGGAGGAGCUGAGUCAAGAGCUUGAACAAAUCAGGGCUGCCUUUGGCUCUGAGGGAGUGCAGCAGCUGCAAGACUUUGAGGCUGCUCUAAAGCAGCGAGAUUGCAUCAUCACCCAGCUCACAGCUAACCUUCAGCAGGCUCGUGAAGAGAAAGACGAGAUCAUGAAAGAAUUCCUGGAAUUGACAGAGCAAAGCCAAAAACUACAUAUUCAGUUCCAGCAGCUGCAGGCGGGUGAGACACUGAGGAACACAAGCCACAGCAGCACAGCAGCUGAUCUUCUGCAGGCCAGGCAGCAGCUCAUGCAGUACCAACCACAGCUGGAGGAACUCCAGCACAAGCUCAUUGAGAUGGAGAUGUCAGGGAGAAGAUCAGAAGAAUCAUUCAAACAAAGGAUAAAUGAAAAGGACCUGCUAAUUGCUGAACAAGAAAAAGUUAUUUCAGGUCAGAAGCAGAUGCUGACAGAGUUAAGGAUAGCAGAGGAGUCUUUUGCACAAACACUGAAAGAGAAAAAUCUGUUAAUUUCAGAGCAAACUGCAAUAAUAGCAGAACAUGAGCUGUCAUUAUCCUUGCUCAGAGAGGAACUUGCUCAUGUAGGACGGACUACUGAUGAAAAUAUUAAAGACCCAUCCGAGGAGAAAGACCUGAUUAUAGCAGAGCAAGAGAGAGUGCUUUCAGAACGUGACUGCUCUCUUACUCAACUUGAGGAUGAGCUGGAGUCCUCUGAAAAAAGCCUUAGUGACCUCCAACGGCGAAUGGCUGCAAAAGAGUCAGAGCUUGAAAGAUGCAUGGAUGAGUUGGAGAGUAGUAAGUCUCACUUAGAAAGCUGUAAAAGAGAAAUAGAGAGUUGUAAAUUAGAAUUGGAGAGAGAGCGAGUAGAGUUAGAAAGCUGUAAGGAGGAACUUGCAACCUCCAGACAGAAAGAGCGAAUGUCAUCUAAUGAAAUUAUGCAGCUCAUGGGCACAGUAGAGGACCUGCACAAGCGUUAUCACCAGGGCAGCCUGUCUGGGAGUGACACCAUCCAGCAAAUGCAGGAAGAGACUGUGAGGAAGCUCGAACUUCUCAGGGCAGAGCUGGAUGAGAUGUAUGGCAAGCAAAUAGUCCAGAUGAAGCAUGAGGUUAAUUUGCAGCAUGCAGCGAAAGUGGAGCAAAUGACUGAGCAACAUUGUGCUGAGCUUGAGCUUCUAAAAGCACAACAACUGUCUCAAAGCUCCACUGUUAGUGUUGAGGUGGACACACUCAAUGAUAAGAUUAGGGAACUUCAAGAGACAUUAGAGCAAUCCCAAGCAAUGCUCGUCAAAACUAGAUGUGAGCUUAGCCAAGUCAACCAAGAGAAAUUCAACCUGCAGUCCAAGGUUGAGGAUCUCCUCAAAGAUCUCCGUUGUACUAAAGAAAAAGUGGAGCAGGUCUCCCACAGUCUUAUCUCUCAGGAAAGUCAAAGAGGGGAACUGCAGUGCCUCCAGGAGACAAUUGACAAUCUGAAGAGCGAGCUGGCUGCUGCUCAGGAAGCGGCACAGGAAGUAGAAAUAAAACAUGAUUCAGAAAUAACCAAUUACAAGAUCAAGUUGGAGAUGCUGGAGAGGGAGAAAGAUGCUGUGCUUGACCGCAUGGCGGAGUCACAGGAAGCAGAGCUGGAACGGCUGAGGACCCAGCUUCUGUUUAGCCAUGAGGAGGAGCUAACCCUUCUUAGGGAAGAAUUGCAAAGAGACAGCUUCCGACACACAGAAAACCUUCUCAAUGAAGCCGCUAUCAAACACGAGAAAGUGCUGGAUGAGCUGCGCAUUGGUUAUGAUAAAGAGCUGCAUUUGUUACAAAGAGAGAAGGCAAGUUUUGCCACAGAGCGAGAUGAGCUUUUUCACCAAAUUCUUGGACUAAAGGAAGAGCUAAAUCUUGCUUUGCACAGCUCCAAAGCAGAUGAGCUUGUCCAGCAGCUUCAAGAGCUCCAGGUAGAGAUUGAGGAACUGAGAAAGGGAGGAGAAGAACGAGCUCAAUUGGAAAUCAAUAUUCAGUCAUUGCUAAAAAAGACAGAGGUGCUUGAAAACCAGACAAAAAAGAAAGAACAGUGUUGGGAAAACAAAUGGAAGGAGCAGGAAUUGGAAAAAGCGACAUUGAUAGAAUCUAGUAACACUUUGAAAGAAGAGUUGGACUCCAAAAUUCUGAAGAUUGAGACACUCACAGCAGAGAACAAUCAAAUGCAGCAACAAGUAGUUAAGCUUUAUGAAGAAAUUGAAAAGCAGAGGACUACUUUCUCUUUUGCUGAAAAAAAUUUCGAGGUAAACUAUCAAGAGCUGAAGGAGGAGUACACAUGUCUUAUUGAGGCGAAGACACAGUUAGAAGACAGAACCCUGAAGGAGACACUUGAGUUUGAGGCAAAAAUCACCAGCUUUCAGUCACAGAUUAAGGAGCUGAAGGAGCGCAGCAAAGAUGUCAAAUUGGAGGACACAAGUACAGAUAGAUGGGUAAACACUGUGAUAGAAAAAGAUACAACUGAACUAAUGGAGAAGCUUAAUGUUACUUUGAGUGAGAGGGAAAGCCUGGCUGCGAGGCUUUCCGAAGUUACAGAGAAACUGAUGUUAACAGAGAUCAAAGUGGAGCAGCUGGAAGAAGAGCUGACAAAAGUGAGACAAGUUAAUGUGAAGGUCAUCGCACACAACGAAAGCGUAGGGAAAGAACUGGAAAAGAAGCAAGAGAUAAUGAGAAAGCAGACCAAGGGGCAUGGUGCCCAGAGAAAAGCUAAGCUCCAGCAAGAAGAACAAGCCGUUGAGCCAGUUUGUUCUUUUGAGGAUCAUCACUUUCAGAUUCAAUCUUUGCAAGAAGAGAUAAAGGCUCUUCAGUCCUUCUUGCAGGCAGCUGAAUCUGAGAGAGACAGCUUUCGGCAAACCCUGGAGCUCCAGAGGCUUUCACAGACUCCAUCUCCAGCGGCAAUCCAGUCCUCGGGGGAGGGACCUGUUGAAGAAAAAUCCGUCCUGCACAAGCCCACAGCCUCAGGGUCAAGCAGGCGCAAAAGACGGCAGAGGUCCAAGCAGGAGCGUAAAUUGGGCACCGCUCUUUCAGACUGCAGAGAAAAACAAAGGGAGGAGGAAGAGGAGCUAGUGGGGGAGGAAGAGAGAGCAACAAGUGCUGCAGAGCAGGAGAUGCAGCCUCAGAUGGAGAGCCAGGUUAUGUCAUGUUCACAAGAGAGCACCGGUAAGGAGGACUCCAUUGAUGGGUACUCAGGAGACGGAGGCAAAGACCACAUCAACAAACGGGUGAGAGGACAUGGGACGGGCCACCACACGGAGUCUGCCGUGUGUCAGGGAGCAGAGGAAGAGGGAGAGACUACUGAGCAUGAUGAGUGCAGGCUGCGCAUGGAGGCCACGCGCAUCAGCCUGUCUCAGAUCCAUGCCGCCCAGCUCGAGCUGCUGCAGGAGGAUUCGGACGCUCGCACACACACUCUGGAGCUGAAACUGCAAAACCUGAAAGAUCACGAUGAGCCUAAAAUCUUCAAAUAUCACAACAUGUUACAAGCUGUGUGCGAAGAAUGCAAUGAGAUCAUUCAGGAUUUUCAAAAGAUGUUUGGUGAAGAGUUUUUGGAGAGUGCUGCUGCAGAAAGCGGGCCUCCCCCUUCAGUGGACAGACCAGAAACUAGUGAAUCCACCUCCAUUGUACUGCAGGCCAGAGAGCUCUACAUAGAUCUUCAGCAGGUGAGAGAGAGGAUUGAGCAGGAACAUUAUCGACUGUCACAGCUCCAGACUCUGCUGAGGACUGAUGGGAACAAGAUGAGGGAGCUGCAGCUGGCAUAUGAGGACCUAAAGAGCAGCAGUGAGAAGGAGAUCUCUGACCUGCGUGUGCAAAUUUCCAGCUUAAACCCUUCUACAAGCAAAGAUCUGGAGGAGCAGGCUGGUGCACCCGCUACCUUCCUUACCAAGGAAUUACAGAGGCUGAAGGCUGAAGAGCAAGAGAAGCAGCUCCAGCUGGAUGAGAGUCACAGGCAAGAGAUGGAGCGUCUCAGAGCUCACUACCAGCAGCAGGCCACUGAGAGUGAGGAGCGAUACGCCAUUGAGCUUUUCAUGCUGCAGCAGCGCCUGCAGGAGGUCACAGGCACUCAGUACCACUACAGUGCUCCAGAGUCCAGCUGUGAGAGGAUGGAGGAGCACGGAGAUGAACUAAAGGUUUGGCUGGACCUGGGUGAGCAGGAACUGUCAGAGGGAGGUGUGGCAUUGUGCUGGCCUGUCAGGUCUGCAGGCCUGACAGCACAGCUGCAGGCACUGAGGAAAGCUCUCUACCACAAAUAUGUCCAAGAAGUAGCUGCUCUCAAAGAGCAGCACAACAGAGAGCUGAGGAGACUUACUGAAGAAAAGGCACAGCAGAAGAUAAAAGAGGAGCGUCAAGAGACGAGAGGAGAGAAAGAGCAGAAUCUCAAUGGUAUAAGCGGUGCUGGAGAUUCCAGUGAGAGCCUCAGGGCAGUUGGGCAGCUUGUGCUGGAAGACCGACAACACUGGGAGAGAGUGGAGGAAGAAGUUGCCAAGGCCAUAGUUCAGAUGUCAGUGGAGUUUGCACAGCAGAUUGAGCUGGCUCGUAUCAACAAGCGUGCCUGCCAGAGAAGUGCCUCCAUGCAGACCCGGUCAGAUAAAGAGGAGAUGGAGAAUGAGGAGCGGAUGACUUGCAGAGCUCCUCUCACCUCAGGCGCCUGGCUGGGGGAAGUGGAGAAGGAGAGACUGGAGAGAGAGCUGGAGGACAGGGAUGCAGAGAUCAGAAAGUUAAAAGAGGAGCUCCUGAAAACUGAAUCAGGACAUGAGCAGGCAUUAAAGAAGGGAAACAGCCAAGAAGAAGUUGAGGAAGAUCCCGGCGGGCCGGGAAUAAAGCAGGCUGGUAGAGGCAACCUGUCAUCACAAGAGGAAAGAGAAUCCUCUAAUAAGGACACUGAAAGAAACGUCCUGCGUACGGCCAAUGAGAAGCUUAGUCAGGUGCUGGUUGACGUCCUGAAGACUACUGCAGCAGCGGAGGAAACGAUGGGGCUCCACAUGCAGAGUCUACGUGAUGCUUCCAGUCAAGGGCAGCAGGCAGCCACGCCCCAUUCUACCACACAGAGAGCUAACGCCGAGCCCAUCAGAUCUCAUGCUGCAGGUCACUCUGCAGAAAGUUGCCAUGGCAGCGAGGCCGCCGCUGACGAUGGGAGUUUGUGGUCUGGGGAGACGGAGGUUGGCGAGGGUCUGGAGGUGUCCCAGCAGAUGAUGGACGACCUGCUGCAUGGGGCGGGGACACAGCUAGAGAAUGACGAGCUUCUAAUGGGCAUAAGCAGACGACUCCAAACUGCUCUGGAAAAGAUGUUGAUGGCCAUCAGCGACACCAGCAACCAGCUUGAACAUGCCAGGAUGACCCAGACUGAGCUGAUGCGUGAGUCCUUCCGCCACAACCAGGAGAUGAACGAACUGCUUCAGAAGCAGGAGGAGCUGCAGGAACGGUUGUCCGAGGAGGCCCGGGCACGGGAGCAGCUGGCUCUGGAACUUCACCGGGCUGAGGGUCUGAUUGAUGGCUACACGGGGGAACGGGCUGUGCUGGAGGAGCAGUUGCGUCACAAGGAAGAGCUCCAUCUGAGCCUCGAGCAAGAGCUGCAGGUGACAGGUAGCCGGCUGCAAGAGUUGGAGCACGAGAGGCUUCAGAUGCAGGAGGAGCGGGAGCUGCUGUCACGGCAACAAGACGCCAUGAGGGAGAAUGCUGGGCCUCGUGAGCUUCGCCUAGUUGAAGCUGCAAUGGUUGCAGCACCUGAAGCAGACCUUCUGGAGGAGACGGAAAAGCUGAUGAAGGAGAAGGUGGAGGUACAGCGUCAAGCGGAAAAGGAGAAUGCCGACCUCUUGAAGCAGGUGAAGCUGCUGGAGGUGGAGCUGGAAGAGCAGGUUAACAGGGUGAUCGAGCUGGAGCACGCUCAGAGUACAGAGAGCGGAGACCUCCUACAACAGGUCCAAGCUCUGGAGAAACAGCUGGAGAAGAACAGGAGGUUCCUUGAUGAACAAGCUGUGGACCGAGAACAUGAGAGGGAUUUCUUCCAACAGGAGAUCCAGAAACUGGAACAACAGCUGAAGAAUCCACAGAAGCUUCAGGCUGGCUCUGAGCAAAGAAACCGAGAGGUGGAUGGAGUAAGCUCUAAGGUGGACCAGCUGACCUCGCAGCUAAAGGAGAAGGCGGAUUGGUGCAGUGAGCUGCUGCUCAGCUCAGAGCAGCUGCGUCGUGAUUUGGGAGAGCGUGACGAAGAGAUUGACAAGCUGGAGAGCCGCAUCCGCGAACUGGAGCAAGCCCUGCUAGCCAGCGCUGACUCCCUGGAGAAGAUUGAACAUAAGAAGCAGCAUGCAUCCAUCACAGAGGCAAAACACUCCACACUGGAGGCUCAGUUACAGACAGAAAGAGAAGCUCUGGAGCGGAAAGAGAAAGAGAUUGGUAACCUGGAAGAGCAGCUGGAGCAGUUCAGAGAAGAGCUGGAGAACAAGAGCGAGGAGGUGCAGCAGCUUCACAUGCAGCUGCAGAUCCAGAGGAAGGAGAUCAGCAGCCAGCAGCAAUACCUAGAAACCAGGGAUAGCAUGCUCCAGGUGAUGGAGGAGAAGGACAGGGAAAUAGCACUUCUUAAUGAACAGAUCACUAAGCUCCAACACAUGGAAACAGCCUCUGAUAACAAGGAGAUUGAUGGGAGGGAUGAGCUGAUUAAAGACCUGGAGUCCCAGGUGGAGUGCCUGCAGAGCGAACAAGAAACCUUAAAGAGGAAUAAUGACGAAGAGCUUGACCAACUAAAUGCAGUCAUAGACAGACUUCAGCAAGAGCUGGCCAAUAUCGAGCAGAAGCAAGCUACAGAGGAAGAUGAGGACACCAAGGCUGAGCCAGAGAGCGCUGUAUGGAGGCCAAGUAAAGAGGAAUACGAUGAAAUGAAACAGAGAAUGGACCUAGCCACCAAAGAGGUCAAUACACUCAAAGCUGAGCACAGUAAGCUGUUGGAGACAUACCUGCGCUUGAAAGAGAGCGCAGAAGCUUUAGCUGAUACAGAAAAACUGGAGAGCUCAGAAGGCGAACUUGAAGAAGCUCUUAGAGAGAAAACGGCCGGCUUUGUAGUCAUGCAGGCCCAAGUACAAGCUUUAGAGCAGAGUGCAACAUCCAGAGUGGAAGAGUUGGAUCUCCGCAUCCAGGAGCUUGAGGACGUGGUCGAUGAAAAGGACUGUGAAUUAAGCCGCUGUCGCCUCCUUGUGGAGCAAACACAAAGCUCUACAAAUGGUCUCCAACAAAAGGUCUCUAAUCUAGAGGACAAUCUGAGGGAGAAACUGGCUGCUGCACUUGUCAGCCAGGCCACACUGGAGGCCUUCCAGCAACAUCAGUCACAAGGAUCCAAAGAAGACCAGGAGCAGCAGGGACAUGCUGAGCCACAUGUCUUUGACUUUGGUGACUUUGGUAUUCCUCAAAUGGAUUUCAGUAGAAUCGGCCAAGCGAGACAAGUUCCAACAGGGAAGGUGGUCCAUCUUACCCAGAGGCUUCGAGAGCUGGAGGUGGGACUCAGUGGGAUGCAGAAAGACCAGGAGCUCCAGAAGCAGCUGCUCUCCAGCUCUGAGGAGGAGGUGCUGGAGUACGAGAGGAGGCUGGCCGUGCUCAUGGAUCUGCUCAGUCAGAUGAAGGCCAGGACACACCAGAGGACAUCACCGGCUGUGGGGGGGUCCUCUGCUGCUGAGAGGCCGGCUGCUGUGUCCGAGCUUCUCCAGGAGUUGCAGGAGGUCAAAGAUGAGGCCUCGGCCACCAAAGAGCAGCUCAGCAGCUACAAGGAGAGCUGUAGCAGAUUCAAGCAGGAGCUCCAAGACAAAACUGUUAUAAUAGAGAGACUACAGGACCAACUUCAAAAGGUUUCAUCUGGAAGCCGUGAGGAGACCAAUGUGUCUGAGCUUCAACAGGAGUUAAAGAAGACUCACAAUGAGGCAGCUGCGGCCAAAGAGGAGUUGAACAGCUGUAAGGAGAGCUUAGAGAAGCUCCAGGAGCUGCUGCAGGAGCGGGAAAUGGACAUCGCUCACCUUAAAGGACAACUUCUUAAAGUACAAGCUGAAGAAGACAGAGCCAAUAUGGCAGAGCUUCUCCAGGAGAUGCAGGAGAUCAGAAGCGAUGCGGCUUCAACCAAAGAAGAGCUCAACUGCUACAGGCAGCAAAACGAGAAACUUCUGGAGGACCUCGAAGUCCGUGAAGUUUCCAUUUCAAAACUCAAAGAGGAGUUUCAGGGGGUGAGAAAGAAAAUGGAUACCACCAAAGAAGAGCUCAACAGCUACAGGCAGCACAAUGAGAAACUAGAGAAGGAACUUCACAUUCGUGAGCUCUCCAUUUCUGAGCUUAAAGAGGAGCUCCAGGAGGUACGAACAGCCUUGAUGAAGACAGCGGAUUCUGGUCCUCCAUCUCCUUCUCCGUCUCCCUCUCCGUCUCCCUCUCCUCAGCCCAUCUCCACUACUGCUUCUUCCUCCUCCACCAACCAACCUAAAAGAAAAGGCGGCAAACAGCAGGCUGGUAAAGGAAGCAGUGCCAAAGAUAAACCAUCUCUCUCCAGGAAAAACUCUGCCACUUCCAGUCAGUCCUCCAACAAAUUGCACAGUGCUCGGCUAAACAGCAGCUCUGAGCAGCAACACACGGCGGUAACACAUUCGUUCACACAGACCGAACCUUUCCAAAUGUCUGACCUCUGCCCAGAAAGUGAGUCUGCAACCAAAGACGAGAUGGAGGAGGUGAUCGGAGAGUUCGAAGAGAAGAUUGGACAGAUGCAGGAGCUCCAUGCGGCAGAAAUACUGGACAUGGAGGCUCGGCAUAUUUCAGAGAGCGAGAGCCUUCGUAGGGACACACAGGUCCUGGAGGAUGAGUGUAAGGCCCUCAAGGCGGUCAUCGACAAGUUGCGCUCCACAGAGGCCCCUUCCUUAAGACAAGACCGUCCUGCAUCACAGUUCAAAGAUGGCUACACAAGUGACAGCAGCUCAGACUACAGCCAGCGGACUGGAUUUGACUUCCCGAGCUUGCAGCAGGAGUUUCGAACAACUCCAGAGGGCGCCAGGAGAGAGACUGAUGAUCCACUGCCUGACCGGAUCAAGUCAGAACUCCCUCUCACUGAAGGCGAGCCGGGCAGCCAGUUCAACGUCGCAGGCUGGGUGAAGGAAAGGGAUGCUUUACUGGCAACCGUGGAGUCUCUCAAAGGCCUCAUCACCCAGAUACAGACACACAGAGAAACACAGACGUCAGGUGGAGUAGACUGGCGCAGUGAGCUGCUGGAUGCAGUGCGGCAGGUGUUUAUGAGGGAGCGCAGCGUGCUGAAGAGUGCCCUCUACAGCCAAUUGGACCUGCUGGACACCAGCGAUGCCAUCAUCCACCUCAAUCAGCUCGAGCACAGACUGGCUGAACAGGACGCCCAGCACAGAGAGGCAAUGGGUUUGCUCCACACUGCGGACAGGACCAGUCUCAUCUCUGAGAUUCGUCAGCUCCGUGGUCAACUAGAACAACUUCAUCAAGGUGCCCAGACUGCUGUGUCAGUAGGUGGAGAACAUAGCACGAAAGAGCAAAGGGAAGGAGGUGGAGCUUAUGGAGCAGCGGAGGCUGACAGGCUUCUGGUGGAGGAGCUGAAGGUUGAACUGUCCCAGACUAAACUGGAGCUGGAGACGACACUCAAGGCUCAGCACAAACACCUCAAAGAGCUGGACACACUCAGGGCAGAGGUAUCGCAGAAGGCUGUUGAGGUGGACGCACUGAACGAUCAUCUGACAGAGGAGAGGAAGAGAAGCAGAGAUCUUCAGUGGACCAUAGAGAAGGAGAGGUGUCGAACUUUGAAAAACGAGGAGAGUAAACGAGAAGAACUGGAGGACCUGCACCUCAUUCUGGAGGAGCAGAAGAGCCGCAUGGCCCAGCUGAGCCUGACCCUGGAACAGGAGCACCAGGCGUCGUCUCAGCUCUCCCAAAAGGCCGAGCAGGAACAUCUCAGUCUCAACAGUCGCCUCCAGGAACUCCAGGUCCAGUUGGAGACGGAGCGAGCCAAGGCCCUGGAGAUGAGCACUGCGCUGGAGAGGGAGCAGCAGCUGCGGACAGGUGUGUCCUCUGACAGUGGUCCAUCUAGUGAGCGGCGGGUCGAGGAAGAUAGGACGGGGCUCAACGAGGGAGAGAGUCUGCUGGAAAGACUGCAGAGGGAGCUGGAUGACAAACAUGCACAGGUGGUGCGUCUCCUCAGUCAAGUGGAGGCCCAGAAGCUCGAGGUGGUACGAAAAGAGGAGGAGCUGACUUUGGGGAGUCAGAGGUCAAGACGGGACCAGGAGGCGCUGCUGGAAGCCCGGGCCCAGCUGGAGAGCCUGGAAGCACGAAUAUCUGAGGACAAGGAGCAGCUACAGAGAGAGAUGGAGAAGAGGAAGAGUGUAGAAGAGGAGAAUGAGAGGCUGGAGGAGAGGUUGAAUCAGUUAGGACAGCAGAGAGGAGGAAGAGAGGGGAGCGGACCUCAGCAGGCUGAUGGCCACAAUCAGGCUGUCUGGCACAGCAAGUCAACCGACCGCACCAAAGACUGGGUGUUCCGGCAGAAGGGUGAAAAUAGUCAGACAGCGAGCUCCGCUGCGUCCCCUAACCUAACAGGUCACACCAGCGGACCACACCAUGGUCCUUGGCGCACAGUCGACAAGAUCCUGGGCACACUCCACCUCGUUUCCUCCAAGAUCCGCGUCAUGGCGAACAAGACUACUGGCAGGUUGACUGCAGAGGUCGACAGUGAAGAGUUAUCCUGGGUGCAGUCCAAUGUUGAUGAGGUCAUUACUAUGCUGCAGCAAUCCCCAGGUCUACCCUCCGUCCCUGAGAGUGUUUCCCUGCUGGCUGGAGGCUCCUCCAGCUCCUCCAACUCCCUGACGGAGCGACUGCUGAGGCAGAACGCCGAGCUGACCGGUUUUGUCAGCCGGUUGACCGAAGAGAAGAAUGAUCUGAGGAACCACACGCUCCGCUUGGAAGAAGAGCUCCGACGCUACCGGCAGGCUGGACUGGGAUCAGGUGACAGUUUCAGCAGCAGGAGAGGAGUGUCGAAGGCGGACUCUGGGGUUAUGAUGCUUUCCCAGGAGCGCGAGGCUUGGACGAGAGAGAAGGUCCGCCUGGAGAAGGCUUUACUUCUGGCCCAGGCCCAAGUGGCCCGACUUCGUGGGGAGAUCAAGACCGACGCACUGCGAGAGAUGACUGGACCUGAGGCUGACAAUGCUGCACUGAAGAGGAUGUAUGGAAAGUACUUGAGAUCAGAAAGCUUCCGCAAAGCACUCAUCUACCAGAAGAAGUAUCUGCUGUUACUGUUGGGUGGCUUCCAGGAGUGUGAGGAAGCCACGCUGUUGCUGCUGUCCAGGAUGGGCGGCCGGCCCUCGCUCCCCAGCCUGGAGUCCCUCAGCCAGCGCCGCCGGGGACUGAUGCGCUUCCGCUCGGCUGUCCGAGUCUCUAUCGCCCUCUCCAGAAUGCGUUUCCUAGUGAAGCGAUGGCACAAGGCAACGGGGAUAAGCUCCACAUCCUCCUGCAGCAUCAACAAGAACGGCGCAGGACAGAUAUUAGAUACAGAGGUGAGAGACUCACCGUAUCUUCACCCGGGCAGCGUGGAGAUGUACAGAGAAAGAGGAAGUGGAGGAGUCUCCAGCGGCAGGGGCCGAAGUGGACGUGAAUCCCCCAGAUCGGCUGUCUCCUCACACCACAGGCUUCACAUGGCUGGAGACCACGGAGCGCUCACCUGUUCCCACCUGCAGAGCUACGACCCCGACCGAGCGCUCACUGACUACAUCUCCAGACUGGAGGCGCUGCAGAGGAGGCUGGGGAGUGUGACAUCAGGUGCUUCUUCAUAUACUCAACUGCACUUUGGCUUGAGAAGAUAAGACGCUGUCAAGUUACUUUAGCUUGAGAAAACUCAGUUGCCUUUUUCUCAUGCUGAGCGCUAUCUUUCUGGUGUGGACUGUAUCUUUCCAUGUGGACCAAAACACAUUUUUUUACUAGUGUACAACAUGUUAUAUUCAGGCUUUUUGUCGCCCGCACUUGAAAAACAGCUGUUUGUAAAUGAAUCUGCCUCUUUGUUGUGGAUGAGCUACAAUCAUGUAUAUUUGUCUAAUGCUAAUUUAAGACCUUGUGAUUAUUAAUUUAUAUGUUUGUGUUGUAUGGGCGGAGCGUUAGGUAGAGAAUGUUUGGGUUUAUUGUUAAGGAGGCUGCUACUGGAUAUUCUACACUACACUGUGUUUUGCUUAGGCCAGACUACAGAGGACAUUUGUAGAGAACGUAUUUUUGUAAAGCGUAGAAGCUUUGAAAUUUCUGGGUAUUUUGUCAAAAACUGAAAUAAAGAGGACUACAUUAUUUGAAAGAUUUGAGUAUUUGUCAUUUCUUGUUUAUCCACUGACUAAAAGAUGAUGAGGGUUGCUGUGCCGAAACAUAGUUAGUAAUACAUUUGGCAUUAAGUGUUGAUAAUGGGUGGGAGCUGAUUUUUAAAAGUUUCUUUAUUGAAAGAAGGAAUUGAACUUUUUUCAUAAACAAAAAAAAAAGUUGCAAAAAACACAAAAUAAACCAACAUAUGUCAUGAUAAGCACAAUAUUGUCUGCAAGGAGAAGACAUUUAACAGUUUGAUUCAAGUCGUACAAGAUGAACAACAACACAGGUUGCGCUGGAACACAUUGUAUCUUGCUGUUCACACUAAAGAGUCAGUGCUUGGUAACUCAACAAAAGGUCCUAAUUAGUUCA